AUGGGGCAGAAGAACUCUUUGCUAAGAACCCAUCAACAGUCAAUUCUGGCUGCCUCUGUGGUGAAAGCUAACUACGAUGCCCGCAUCCGGGUCCCUUCGGUGUCAUCUGAACGGGAGACGGCUGCGGGACUGCUGGGGCUCCUCUCCGGAGUGCCUCUGGCCCACCAAGGUGCUUUAAAGAAUGGAGACAGUGUGCUGAUCCAGGGCCGACCGAGGGCUCGCAGUGAAGGGAACCUCAGGAAGAAAGAUGCAUCCUACAAAGGCAAGAAGGGAAAUGUGCCUUCUGAGGCCGAAGACCUCGUCCUGCCUCCGCCUCGGAAGCCCUCCUUCCCAUUCCAGUGGGCCUGGGAGAGCUUCCUGGUGGAUGGCCGGAGCCUGCCCCUGCCCCCUCCGGCCUCUUCCCAACAGACCGGGCAGGCCAAGAAGGGCCAGGCCUCAGCCCUGCCACCUGCCAGGGCCCCCCGGAAGUCGCGCUGGAAGGCUGUGCCCCCCUCUCCCCAGCCGGCCACCUUCCCGCUCUACUGGAAAAUGGAGGCCCGGUGUCAGGACAGAAAAAGGCAGCUGAAGCCCUGGAUUCAGCCCGAAACGGACAGUCAGGAGAGCCAGGACGGCCUGGAACAGGAAGGGCAGGAAGGGCAGGAAGACCAGGACGACAGGGAGGAGGAGGGGCUCGAGGGCAGGAGGGAGUUCAGCCUCUGGUCCCCUUUCUCAUCUCCCAAGACAAGGAGCAGAGCGGAGGAGAGGAGCCAGCUCCGGAAGUGGAAGGCCCUGCACCUGGCUGGCUUCGCCCUCCUCAGAGGAUUCCAGCGGAGACUGGCAAAGUCCAAGGAACUGCAGAAGAUGUACAACCUGGAUGCUCUGCAGAAACAUCUGCAGGAGGAGGCCGAGGAGCUGGGCCUCUACCCCGCCCAGUGGCCCCCCCAGGACGCCGCCCACGCGCGGGCCGAGAAGUAUCCGGCCGGCGAAGAGGAGAAGUCCUUCCUGCUGACCAGCAGCACCACCAGGACCUCCCAAAAGCGCAGAGAAGCCACCAGGGCCUUGAUGCUGGACUGGGAACGGCACAAGCAGGAGGAGCAAGCCAGGGCGGAGCAGCGCCGAGCUCAGGAGCAGCGGGUCCAGAAGCAGGUGGCUCGGUGCCUGGCAGCCUACGGGUCUUCCAGAUCCAGGGCGGGGGCGUCCCACCGCAAGCUUGAGGAGCUCAGGCAGCAGGAGAAGGAGCGCUUGGCGGAGUACCAGAAUGAGCUUCAGGGCAUCUAUCAGCGGGUACAGAACCGGCCCUUCCUCUUCCAGCAAACCAUGCAAGCCAAUGCCCGGCUCUCGGUGAACAGGCGCUUCUCCCAGGUGCUGUCGGCGCUGGGUUUGGACGAGGAGCAGGUAUUGGCCGAAGCAGUGAAGGAUGAGAUUGAGGAAAUGCCCUCGAAAUACAGGUCCUCAAAGACCAGGAAGCUAGCCAGGAUCCGAGUGGAGCAGCCUUAUUGGGACAUGGAGUGAACAGAGCUGCAAGCUGCCCGAAGUCGUCAAGCCGAGUACAGGAGCGGGGUUGCCCAGGGCCCAGGGUUAAAUGGGAAAGAGGGAGAGAGGGAAAAAUGAAAUUAUUGUAUUUAA